GACAUGCUGCUCCUGCGUAUUAUUGUCUCAGGCAUCUGUCUUGUAGCUCUUGCUCACAGCUAUCGCGAAGAACCAUACCACACUCUCAAAGUUCCAUUCAGUUCAGCAAAAGGAGGACAGAUUUCAAAGGAGGUAUUCAUCGAGUUCUACUCCCACACUGUUCUCACUGAACAGGAUGUUGCACUGCGUAUGACAGUACUAUCUUCCGAAGAAGUGUCAAUGUCUGUCGACAAAUGUGGAAAGAGACUAUUCGAAACAUCUGAAGACAUCAAGAAUGCGACUUAUCUAUUCACACGGGAAUGGAUCGACACCAUUCUCACAGGAAUUUAUGAAAUUUGCACUGUAAAGAAUGAAUACCAAAUUGAUAUAACCAUUGACUGCAAAGGACCAUGCAAUGGAACUAUCAUCUUCUCAAUAUCGAAUCAACAACCGGAAAACAUUCAAGACAAGAAAUCGAAUCCAGCAGAAGGAAGUAUUCCAUUUGCGACAUCUGGAGAUAGCGUUCCAGUGAAUGUUUCAUCGGACAUUGGGUUGGUUAUCGAAGCAGCUUUUAUGAAUCCGAGUGUCCGAGUCGAAAUUGAAGUGGAGUACUCAACACCGUACACCAUGGUCAUUGGAAAGUGUGGACUGACCAUGUUGAGACUUGAAGGAAAUGGAGAACUGAAAAAGCAUAACUUUGGUUGGGAUGAGACAAAACUCUUACGUCUUGUGAAAGCUACUCAAUGCCCCGGAGACAACAGUGACACCAUCGACUAUGUGAUGUCAUCGGAGAAAGCAGGUAGUGGUACUCUUAAGUUCUCGAUGAUGCGACACCAGUCCAAAAUGGAUCGUCACCCAGCAAACAUGUUUGAUACAAUGGAGCUCGCCCGUGGAGUUCCAAAGCAUCAUCCGUCCGAUGAGAAGACCCCAACUCAGUCUUCAAAUGUCGUUCGCACUUUCUUUGUGCUUCUCCUUGUCUUGAUUGGAUAUUAAUUAAAAUCCUUAGAGUCCAAAUUUAAUGUUCCAAAAAAUCUAAAUGCUUGAUUCUUAUCUUUUCUUCAUUCUUUCACAAUCCGAGUAAAUUGAGUUUUCUUUAUACUUAUGAAAACUGAAUAUUUUUCAACGUGAUUCAUUUCCCUGUCGAUAACUUUUGUAAUUUAAUGUGUCAAAAACAUAAUGAUACUAGUUGUUUCUUUUGUUUCAAGAUAAAUUCAAUCUGU